AUGCUUUGCCGGAGACACCGAGGCGGCGAAGGCGCGCCUCAAGGCGUCCAGGCGCCCUGUCUUCUUCGCAUUCUUCUUCUUCUCCCGGGCACCAGAACCACGCCGCCCGCCGCUAGGAGCAGCAACGUCGCCACGCUGCCACUUGGAGCAGCACCGACACUGCCAUCAUCCAGCCGCCGUCACCCCAGCGCCGUCAGCAAGAUCGCAAAGCCCGCAAGGUACUUGUUCUUGAAAUCAAUUGAUGCAUCGGCCUCUAUUAAGAAUGGAGAUUUGUUGUAUGCCUAUUUGGAUGAUGUUAUUCAAGAAGUUGGGGAGGAUAAUGUGGUUCAAGUUAUAUCCGACAAUGCUUCAAACUACAAGAAUGCCGGGUCAAAACUUAUGGAGAGGAAAGAGAAUGUGUGGUGGACUCCAUGUGCGGCUCAUUGCAUUGAUUAA